AUCAAAUGCUGCGGUUUAUCCUAACAUUCACGUCAAGUGUACUUUACAUCGCUGAGACGCGUUUCAUCGCUCCUUGCGCUUUGAAAGCACGCAACACUACAGAGGAAGUUUACACCACAUUGCCGCGGUUUUCGGCAAAAGACCUCCCCACUAGUUGGGACUGGCGAGAUGUCGAUGGCGAAAACAUGGUGACUACUGAUCGUAGUUAUUCCAAUCCAAGAGCGUGCUCCGGCUGCUGGGCCUUCGCCACCGUGCAUGCCCUAUCUGACCGAAUAAAGAUUCAACGAAAUGCCGCGUUCCCCGAGGUCAACUUGUCGCCUCAACCGCUUUUAACAUGUGGUUAUGAAAUCGGGAACGGUUGCCGAGGUGGAGGAGUUAUUGAUGCAAUGCGAUAUAUUAAGGAAAAAGGUAUCACUGAUGAAACGUGUUCCCCUUUCACAGCUAGAGGCCACGACACUGGUGAUAUCUGUCUUGGUUCUACUGUGUGUAGUACUUGUUCUGCUAAUGGUGCAUGCGAAAUACCGAAAAAAUAUGACAUAUUUCACGUAGAUGAAUUUGGCACAGUUUCUGGCGAGGCUGAGAUUCAAUCUGAAAUCAAAGCCCGUGGACCAGUAGUGUGCCACAUGCAUGUUGAUGAGGCUUUCCGCUCGAAUUACCGUGCGGGAGCAAUUUGGACCUUCUCGGCCACGGACGACUCCACUGAGCCCAACCAUGCUGCUGAAAUCGCGGGAUGGGGUGUAGAUGAUGAUGGAACGCCGUACUGGAUCGCCCGUUUCGCGUUUGGUACGAACUGGGGUGAUCAUGGUUGGGCAAAAUUGCAUCGCUCCGCUAACGGUCAUAUCGAAAACGCUGGAUGUGUAUGGGCUACAGUGAA